AUGUCUUCGUUCUAUGUCGUGGAAACCCCCGAACGGGUGAAGAAGGCCCAGGGCCUACACCUCAUAACUUCUUUAACCCCAAACGGAAGAAAAGUCCAGAUUCUCCUGGAAGAACUCAAGGACGCCUACGGUUUUGAAUGGACGACAAGUCUGAUCGACCUUGACAAAAACGAGCAGAAAAAAGACUGGUUUCUCAGACUAAAUCCUAAUGGGCGUAUCCCAAUCUUGAUCGACAACAAUAUAUGUCCACCCCAUGUCGUUAUGGAAUCAUCCGCCGAACUUCUGUACCUCGUCAAUCUGGCAGACCGAAACAAUCUUUUCUGGUUUUCCGAUCCAAUCGAACAAAGUGAAGCUUUCCAAUGGCUGAUAUUCUGGCAUGCUUCGGGGCAACCAAAUCAAGGGCAGUAUAAUUUUUUCCGAAACAAUGCAACCCAGAAUCCUCUGGCAGUGGAUCGCUUCAAGCGCGAAGUACUGCGGAUCUACGAUGUGCUUGAAACCCGACUGUCUGGAAGAUAUAGUGGUGACACGCGAGAAUAUUUGGCUGGAAAGGACAAGGGAAAAUACAGUAUUGCUGAUAUGAACGCCUGGGCCUGGAUACGAAAUAUUCGACGGAUUGGAUUUUCCGAGGAAGAAUUAGCCCAGUUGCCUCAUUUACAACAGUGGGUAGAUCGCAUUGCGGCGCGACCGGCUGUGGAGCGAGGCUCGGGGGAGUGGUACGAUGAGGAUGUGCAUCCAGAGUUGUUGAUUGCGACUUUGUGA